AUGCGCUUCCGCUCGAUCGUGACGAAGGAGGACUGGUGGAAGUGGGCGUCGUCGGAGCUGAUCGCCCUCGCCUACAACGCCGACCGCGCCUUCUCGCAGUUCGGCGUCUUCUGCGACUCGAGCAGCGUGCUGAUCGGGCGCCCGCGCAUCCGCAAGUACGACAUCAACCCCGAGGAGUGCGAGGCGGCCAAGUACCUGGUGACGUCCAACCGCUCGCUGGCCGACCUGCUGCACGUCCAGUCCUGCUUCCCGGAGUACGUGGACAACGUGUCGCACGUGUUCAGCUUCGGCUCCAACCAGAACAAGGAGUACCAGUGGGACGCGCACUUCCUCGCCGUCAACUACGGGAAGUUCAGUCAGUACAGCUACACUGAGCACCAGCAGGACCUCCCGAGCUCGCCCGCGUUCGCAGUCUUCCUGCUGAUCCUGCUAGAGGCGUCGCACUGGAUCAACGAGCAGGCAACGCGCGCCGUCGUCACAGAGAUGACCUUGUAUCACCCGCAGACGGACCUGUACACGGCCAUCAACCUGCUGGCCGAAUUCCCGUCCCUGUCCGGCGCCCAGGUGACGGUGCGAGUGUCGUCGACCGCCGUGGAGCGCUACCGAGGGACCUGGUCGCUCGUGUGCAUCAUGGCCGAGGUCGUCCUGGUGGCCGUCUCCAUGCACUACCUGUACCGCACCACAAUCUACGUCUACAAGUGCCGCCUGAAGUACGGUCUGGAAAUCCUUUUGGGGAUUUUUGGACAUACUGAUGACGAUCUUGAGCUGGAGUUACGUCGUGUCCCUCAUGCUGCGCGUCCACAUAGCCGAGUACAUCAUGUGGCAGUUGAGAGUGGCUUACUUUCAGAAGUAUGUCAGUCUCAAAAGCCUCACGACAUGGGACAACAUCUUGGAGUCCCUGGUCGGGGGGAUGCUCCUCGUCCACAUGAUCAGGUGUAUGAGGAUGAUGAGGUACCUGUCGUGUUCCGAACGCCUCGGCCACGUCCUCAACGGGGCUGCCAAGGACGUGCUGGUCGUGACGGUGAUGCUGCUGGGGCUGUUGGUAUGCUGUAUGCUCCUGGGCUACUUGUGGUUCAGUUCGCUGCUGUGGGAGUUUCACACGGUCCUCGAGGCCUUCCUCAGCCUCGUCAGGAUCAUCCUGACCACGUGCCCUUCAUCCCGAACCUGGAAAGCAAGACGAACGGCUACAUCACAAGCCUGGGUUACCUCUACUACCUGCUCACGUACGUCCUUCUGUACCAGCUGACGAAGGCGCUGUACAAGGCGGCUUUCAUCCACGCCAUGAAGUCCUACGUGGCGAUACCAGGCGUGGACGUCGCGUGGAGGGACAUCAAGGUAUAUGCGAAGGAAAGAUUUCAGUCCUUCCUGCGGUUCAUUCAGAGGAAAGAGGAGGUGGUGGAUGAGCCGAAGGAUAACACGCCCCCGGACUUCUACAUGGCAGAGUUGGAGCUGCAGAUCAACCAGAUCUUGGGCGGCCUCGACAACCUGGCCGAGUCCCUGGGGAUCGUGACGGAGCGCGUGGCCGAGCUGGACGAGGACGAGGACGACGAGGACGACGAGGAGGAGUCCCGGGACAGCCACGGCGACGGUGAUGACGACGCCGACGAGGAGGAGCAGCCGUUCCCAGACCGCGGGCGGGACUGGCUGGCGGAGGGCUUCCUGCAGGGGAAGGUGAAGAGCUCCACGCCCAAGACCGAGCUGGACGUCAUCCUGCAGCCGCUGCAGAAGAAGGUGCAGGAGCUGCUGGACCAGGCGGAGAGCGGCGAGCGGGAGCCCUUCGCCGGGGCGGGGGCGGCCGACGACAGGCUGGCGGAGGCGGAGAGCGCGCAGGACUCGCCCUUCGAGACGUCCUUCAACCUGGACGCCUUCACGGACAUCGCCAGCUGCCAGACGGAGAUCGAGGCCAUCACGCGCUCGUGGAACCUGAGCGCGCUGCCCGGCGACCCCGCCGCCAGGACCUGGGCGCAGGACGACGGCGGCCAGCUGGCCAAGUUCCUGAAGGACGUGUCCGUGUCGGCCGCCUCCGACGAGUCCCUGCAGGCGUUCGGCAAGUACGGCAAGACGGUGGGCAAGCUCAAGGCCGUGCCCAGGCUGCAGCCGAGCCACGAGAGCCUGGCCGCCGCCCUCAGGAGCCACAGCACGAGCGCCGCCUCCGACGCCAGCAGGAUCCGUUCGGUGUCCUCCUUCGCGGACAACGGCGGCGGUCAGCAGGAGCAGGCGGGAGGGCGGCCGCGCUCGCACACCAGCGCCGCCGCCGCCGCCGCGCAGCAGGAGGGGCAGGCGCACGGGUCGUCCGUGGCCAUGCUGGGCUCCAGGCUGCGGAGGACGCAGACGCAGGGGCGGGGCAAGGGCCACGUCGACGUCCUGGACAUCGAGAGUCUGAUCCUGGACAGCGAAGAGGGGAGUGAAUACUAGGCUUCGGGGUUUCCGCGAAGCAGAACCGCGAGCUCCGGGUUUCCGCCGAGGAGCCGCGACCCCAGGGCUUCGAGCUUCAGCAAAGGCGGCAGCGAAUGCGACCUCGAGCGUCGGAACUUCAGAUGGAGGAAGACACAUCUGCUGAUACCCAUAUUCUUUCAUGCAACUGCAGUGCCUUGCUCUAUUGACAGAUGUAUCACCUUUAUUUUUAGGCUUAAGCAGAAAUGUUUAUUUUUCAGAGAUUGGGAUUACAGUUUUUAUGCAUUCCUCAUUUAUUCGAACUUCAAUGGUAAAAAGUCUUUUUUUGUUUGAAUGCCAUCAUCAAAACUACUGUUCUUUCAUUAUUGAUCAAACAGUGCCUUAUAAACCUGCUAAAUUUUUAAUGGUAACGUGAAUUAAUUAGUGUAAUUGAGCAGUAAAGAUACGAGAAUUAUACGUGCAUACUAGUCUGUGUGGGAAUGAUUUUUGUACCGUGUUCAUUGUUGGUCAGUAUUGCAUAAUUUUCGGGGAAUUGUGAAAUAAAACGAAACAUAUUU